AUGUUUAUCUCACGCUCAUUUUUAUUGUCCCUCUUCUUGGUAGCUGACAUCUGUGCUGCUUAUCGUGAUGCAUAUGCCAACUCCAGCCUAUUCCGCCGUGUUGACUAUGAUACCGCGCCCACCACUACCGAGAUCUUCUCAACAGGAACCGCAGGCGACGAUGGAAUAUGCUCUGAAGCGCAAAUCACAACUAUUGAUUCUUUCUUGGAAGAGGUUUGGCUUUUACAUCACGCUGCCCUCACCGCAUAUUCCGAACACCAAACGGAUCUGGGAUACCGGAUGCUAUUCACCACCUACCUGGGUGUGGGGUUCGAUGAUGAGGAAGUCGAUGACUUUAGUGCGGGUUUUAUGGAUUCUAUUCUCGAUCGCCUAAAUGCAGUCUCGCAGUUCCUCUACCGCGAAGGGCUCAUCGAUCCGGUCACUACAGAGAAGCCGUAUAUAUUCUGUGGCGAUGCAUUUGCGACUUAUGCGCCUUGGGACCAGCCAGCCAAAGACUCUAGCGGAAACACAAUCCCAGAUGGCACCGACGAUAAUGGUGAUAUAGUCUACAUCAAGGUCAACCAAGUCUUCCCAGCGGAAUCGCAAAGGGCAGGUUGGAUCGCCUUCUGGUUGAGCAUUUUUAAUGCGUACACAUUCGAUAUAGGGACCAGUACUUCCACAAUGUGCUCUCGCUCUGAUCGCUUUGCUGCCACUUCCAAAGCGUCCACCCAAUACCCCGCACAAUUAGUCACUGGGGGUACCUACGACCGGCAUACGUUCUUAUGUGAUGCCACAUUUGAUCCUAUCGGGAAUGGAAAGCAGACUCAUUCCGUUGCAGAGCUCGCAACUAUAAUCUCUUACGAUGGCUAUCCCGUGGAGGGCAAUGGAAAAGGAUUGGAUCAAUAUGGAACCUAUAGCUCCACUUUGUACCAUGAGAUUAUCCAUUUGACUGAUUCCGCAGGGACAACCGGUGAUCCAUUUGGUCGGUUUUAUUCUUUUCCCUUUGUCCGAUGGCCGCCAUGUUAA